UAUGAAGCACAAUUUAAGCCCAACAUCACUGACCAAUCAAAAUUAGUGAAUGCACUGCAUCUCUCUGCAGUGAGGAGAAGCGACAAGAUGCUUAUUGAUUCUACGGUAGGAAGAGUGGGAGACUGCAGCAGCCUGUAAACCAGAACUAAAGCAAUUGUAUACAUUAGCAGUAUGCUGAAACAAUGGCACAGUACAGGCACAAAUUUUCAUUAAGGUCAUUUUUUGAAGAUAUGCUUAUUACCCUCUUCCCCUUCUACUCUUCUAACAAGUGAACAAAAUGAAUCCCUCCAACCUGGAACUGCUUCACCUGCAUCGAGAAUUUACCAAAUCUUUAGUGGAGGGCAUGCAGCAACUAAUUCAGUUUUACAACUGACAAUAUGAAGAAUGCAGUUGACCGGGUAUCUUUGUAGCUGUAUGACCUACAAGCAGCAGGAUGCAUCCCUAAAAUGUAUUCUUAAGACAUAAAGGAAUUAAAAACAAAACAUGGAACACACUUGCAUUACCAUUUGUUUGCAUGACACUUCAACAGUAUACAUGGAAGACUAACACAUCUGCUCAGAUUUUCAUUAAAAGAAGAGUGCAAUGAUUGAUUCUUAAAAUGGUGAGCAUUUCUUAAAGAGGGAUUUAUAAUUUAAAACCAGAAUUGUGGAAACUACUGAUGCAUGAAGAGACAAUGAAACAUGAAAUCCCAAAAGGAGAAUAUGCAUACUUCACCAGCAAGCUGAAUAAAGGUUUAACCAAGCUUUUUCUAUACUACUCAUUAAAUAACUUACUUGUCAUAAUGACUAAUGGAUAUUUUUCUCUCAAUUUUAUGAUGUUAUGUAUUCUCCUUAAAUCAAAAUAAACCAAAUUAGGUAACCCAUGGUUACUCUCAAAGCACAUGAACUGGAUUUUAUGAUGUAUAGCAACUUUUUUCACUAAGCCAUCACUCAAAAGUAAUGAGCAGGAAUAUUACAGAAAGAAAUACGCAACCAUAAACUAAGGAUGUCUACACACACUCUGAAAACAAGAGAUCAGAAAUUAUUUUUCUUUAAACCUGGAAAAUAAAAACAGGCUCCUACAAAAUGCAACAGGGGAAGGAAAUUAACAUCACUUAAAAGAAGGUUUAUUUGUUAUUGCUGGCUUGAAACUCAGAACAGACACACAGAAUAUGCCCUGGUCUGUAGAAGUACCUGAGACAAUUAAGAAGCCCCCAUGUUUAAUCAGAACUUUUUGCUGCUGAACUGCAGGAACAAAAAAAAAGGGAAACAAAAAAAUCUGCAAGAAAUGAAAUAAGAGCUCAGCUACCACUUGAUUUCCAGGUUACAGUGCGUGUCAAAAAUCUCUCAGUGCCAGCAUGUAUCAGUUUCUGCCAAGCUGCUGCCCCGCUGUGCCAGGCCCCUGAGGCACAGAGAACAGGUAGGUGCCCCGGCUGUGUCCACGCAGCGCCGGGUGAACGAGCUCCUGUCCUCACCACUCUGCCUCCCUGCACCCAAACCCAGGCAAGGCAGCAAGGAGGUGAUGUUUCAUCUAUUCGUGACAGCCUAACACAUCUGAGGUUUUCUGUUUUCACAAAAUCUCCGUUGCUAGAAUGUUAGGGUGAGACUGUAGUUUGUUUUAGCAGAUCUGCUUUUGAUUUCUUCCUGGCUUUUGCUAAUAUAAAAGAACUUCAUUUAUCCAGCAAUGCAUUUGGAAUGGUUUGAAAUCCAUUCACAGCCAGGACAGCAUGCAAGAGGAGAUCAUACUCCUGAGGGUUAAUGUAAGAGAGAUAGAGGUUGCCUAAAUUAGAAAUGAAACAAAGCUUUUGAAAUAUUUCUUGUUUCAUUUCACACCUGAGAGUAAUACGUUCUAAUUUACAUCUUUUUUAUUUAAGAGGCACAUGUGAAAUAACUGUUGAAGAAUACCAAGAACUUUCAUCAUACAAUUUGCAAUUAAUAGUAUUGUUCAAUUGAGGCUUUUCAGAACUGCAGAUGAAAUCCAUUUGCAUACUGUAUCCCAAGUGUGCUUAAUUCAUACUUUCAUUUUAAAAGAGCUCAAUUUUGUUCACCUUAGUGCUAUCCAUUUUAAUGUACUCAGAUUAGAACAAAGGUCGACCUUCAAAUUUAUUUUCAUGCCAAAUAUAUCCCCUCUUAAAUUUAAAGCUACCUAGGAAAAAAAAAACCCCUCCAGUAUCAUAACAAGAAAUUGAAUAACCUCUCUUUUAUUUAUUCAAUCAAUUACAAACUCAAGAGCUGGCUGACAGUAUAAAUAAUACAAACAUCAGUAUUACAUGCAGAUGCUAUAUUUAAAACUUACCCACAUGUGUAAAACUAAGCAGAUGAGACACAAAAUAGAAAAACUGCUAGAUAAAAGAAAUACCUUUUUGAACACUACUUAUUCCUAAGAGAAAGAUGCUACAUAUGUAAAUCUGUUUGGUUUAAAUAUAGUAUAAUAUAGGUAAUAUAGGUAGUUUAUAAAAAAAGAAAAAGCAAACCACAAACAAAACCCGAAAGAGACAAUUUUCUUUUUAAGUAUUAGUUGCUAAAAUUAUUCCCUUAAAUAUAUUCUGGAAUAAAAUUAAAUACUCUUCCAUUCCAUGUAGGCAUAGAUUUCUUGAAGAAAUUUAAUAUUCAAAUCAGAGAAAGGAAAUGUAUUAUUUUAUAAUAAACUCAGUUUACCAAACCCACAUAAGUUUUGCAUUUGAAAUUAUAUAUAUUUAUAAAAAGUUGUUGUAGUGGCAAGCAUCGUAGACAUAGAUGCACAGAAGAUUAAAAUGAACAGAAAGUUUAAACCCUGUAAAAUUCUGGUGAAUAACAGAACAUCACAUUUCAGUCCACAACACUACUGUAAACCUCAUAAGAAAGAUGUGGCUAAAUUGGCAUAAAUAAUUUAAACAUCCUUUUUAUGAUACACAAGCAACAGUGCUCCAUGUUCCUAACACUUCUUUUUCCACAAGAGCUUUUUAAAAUGAUCUUGAUCACUAAUUUGUUAAUACUUAACAACAUUCUUCUAAAAUGACCCUCAAAGCAAUACAAAGGCUAUGCACAAAGUAUGGUUUAUUCAACAAAUGAGCCCUUUGUGAAAAACCACAUCACUAUAAACAAAGGCUUGCCUCCCUAAGUGGAAGCUUUUCACUAUUUUUUUCUUUUUUCAAACAAAUCCUGCUUUCUUUUAAAAAGCAAAGACCUUAUUCUAGAUCUUCAGGCUUUUGAGUCGAUGCCAAUUAAAGCUCUAAACAUACUGUAAAUGAAGAGUUUGGUAAGAAUAUUGCUUUCCCUCCCUCCUCCUUCCCCAGCAUUUGUCUACAAUGAGCGUUAAAAAAAGAAAUCAAAUAGUUCCGUAUUUUAUUUCACCUUUCAGGAGAAAAACCAGCUGCAACAAAAGAAUGUGUUUGUCCCCCAUUCUGGAAGUCAACAUGCAGUCCGAAUCUAACAUUACAGUUCGAGAUGCCAUUGAUGACAUCGAUACCAACAUGUACCAACCACUGUCAUAUCCAUUAAGCUUUCAAGUUUCUCUCACUGGAUUUUUGAUGUUAGAAAUUGUUUUGGGACUUGGCAGCAACCUCACCGUGCUGGUACUUUACUGUAUGAAAUCCAACUUAAUCAAUUCUGUCAGUAACAUAAUUACAAUGAACCUUCAUGUACUUGAUGUAAUAAUUUGUGUGGGAUGUAUUCCUCUAACUAUAGUUAUCCUUCUGCUUUCACUGGAGAGUAACACUGCUCUCAUCUGCUGCUUCCAUGAGGCUUGUGUCUCUUUUGCAAGCGUUUCAACUGCAAUCAACGUCUUCGCUAUCACCCUGGACCGGUAUGACAUCUCCGUAAAACCUGCUAACCGAAUCCUGACCAUGGGAAGGGCUGUGAUACUAAUGACAUCAAUAUGGAUCAUUUCACUUUUUUCCUUCCUGAUUCCUUUCAUUGAAGUCAACUUUUUCAGUCUUCAAAGUGCAAGUACUUGGGAAAAUAAGACACUUCUGUGCGUGAGUACAAACGAGUACCACACUGAACUAGGAAUGUACUACCACAUUCUUGUUCAGAUUCCAAUAUUUUUCUUCACUGUUAUAGUAAUGCUUAUUACAUACACCAAAAUACUCCAGGCCCUAAAUAUUCGGAUUGGUACAAGAUUCACAACAGGACAAAAGAAGAAAAACAGAAAGAAAAAAACUAUUUCUUUGACCACUCAACAUGAGACUACGGACAUGUCCCACAGCAGUGGAGGAAAAAAUGUUGUCUUUGGUGUAAGGACUUCCGUGUCCGUCAUAAUUGCUCUACGCCGAGCUGUAAAACGGCACCGGGAGCGACGAGAACGGCAAAAGAGAGUCUUCAGAAUGUCCCUCCUGAUUAUCUCAACAUUCCUUCUCUGCUGGACACCCAUCUCUGUUUUGAACACCACUAUCUUAUGUUUGGGCCCAAGUGACCUUUUGGUAAAGUUGAGAUUAUGUUUUCUAGUAAUGGCAUAUGGAACAACUAUAUUUCACCCUCUACUUUAUGCAUUCACAAGGCAAAAGUUUCAGAAAGUUCUGAAAAGUAAGAUGAAAAAGCGAGUUGUUUCAAUAGUGGAAGCAGAUCCUAUGCCAAAUAACGCUGUAAUACACAACUCAUGGAUAGAGCCUAAAAGGAACAAAAAGAUUACCUUUGAAGACAGCGAAGUAAGGCAGAAAUGUUUAGUACCUCAGGUUGUCACUGACUAGAUUUCAGUUUUCACCAAAACACAUCAAACGGAAUAUUUGAACAAAGUGUAAAAAAAUACUGCCAAAUAAGAAAAACUUUUUUAACUAUUGGCGAGACUGUAUAUUUUCAAUAUAUAUGUUAAAUAGAGUAGGUCUUGUAUAUUCAAUUUCUUCAUUAUGUAAGAUAUAUGUUGCAUGGCUGUUUGUUAGCGUAACACCAUGUGUAUAUUUGUCAAAAAUAUUCAAGUCCUCUUUUUUAGAAAAUAAAUAGCCUUAAAGAAGUGCAAACUUUUAAAAA